AUGCCCUUCAUUGGAGACUUGGCGUCUGGGUCCAGCGAUGACGAGCCUGAUACUUUGGGGGCACAAACUCCUAGCAAACAUAAAAUGGAGACGAGAUGGGGAGGUUUUGGCGAUGUCUAUUUCGUAAGAAUCCAUCCAAAUUCUCACAACUUCCAGGGUGUGUUUGGGCCACUUUUGUCACCUGAAGGGCCUUUCGCGCUCAAAAAGCUUCGGGGAGGUUCAAAUAAUGAACAAAAUGAGAAAGAAUUUAAGAAAGAAGAAGAAAUGCUUACGAGAUUUGACGGGACCGUACAUCCACACAUUGUAACCAUUUUGAUGACUUACAAGCACGGAAACCGGUAUUGCUUUCUCUUUCCACGAGCGGAGUGCGAUCUCAUCGAUUACUUCGAGCAGAAUCCCAGCCCAAAAAAUGACCUUAAGACAGCUCGGUGGCUUGCCAAACAAUGUCUCCAUCUCACAGAAGCCGUCCACCUGAUUCACAACCCCCCUAAGCAGGAUUCUUUGAAACCUGAUAAGAGGAAAUAUGGCCGACACGGCGACAUCAAGGCUGAGAAUAUACUUCUAUUCAAGAGCAACAGCAAUGAAUAUGAUCUUGUUCUUUCCGAUUUCGGACUCGGCUCUAUGCACCACGACUGGAGCAAAUCAAAUAUUCCAAACAAGGAUAUUUCAGCAACCCCAGAAUUUCGUCCACCCGAAUGUGAAAUGGAAGGCGGAUGCAUUAGUAGGGCCUUCGACAUUUGGACCCUCGGCUGUCUCUUCCUCGAUUUGCUAACCUGGUUCCUUGGCGGCGAAGAACUUAGACUACAGUUCCAAAAAAAGCGAACAACGCCUUAUAUCCGUGGACCAGAUACGCCACUGUAUUUCGAAGUUGUAAAAACGAAAGAUGAGCGACAUGGGUUUAUUGUAAAGGAGCAGGUAAAAGAUUGGUUUGCCGAAAUGCAUCGCCAUAGCCAAUGCACUUCCUUCGUGCAUGAGUUCUUGGACCUGAUCGAGAAGAAGAUGUUGAUUGUGGAAUCUCAGAGCGAGAAGAGAGCAAGGACAGGAGAGCUACUUAAGUUUCUCAAUUCAUUUCAUAGCAAAUGUAACCAACCAAAAAGUGAGGAUUACUGUUUAACCCCACGACCCAACAGCUCUCGGUCGACCAUUCCUCCUAUUGCUGUCGAAGGAUCGCUAAGUGAGAUUACCAAAGAACGAAUUACGAAAUCAAAGACUCAUCUUAGGAAAUUUCAUGGUCCUACACAAAGAGCCGAGCAAAUAUGGGAGGACGGAGACGAGCUUCUGGAGAACCUCCAGAUCAGACCAAGAUCCAAUGCAUAA